GGCCAGGGGAGCAGAAGAGAAGACGCGUUGGACAGCAGCAGUAGCCAUAGCAUGCGAGUGAGAAGCGAAGCAUACGGACAGUGGGAAGGUGAUGGUUUUAAAGAACAGCAGAAGUUUGAGUCCAGCAGGGAUGGAGGGCAACGGCGAGGAAUUGCAGCUUUAAACCAUAGCAGAGGUCCCGUACACUGGGAUAUUUGAAAAGGGGGGAGCUCUAGGGGGCUAACACAGGGGGGUGACGGGGGGUUGGUGAGUGCAUGUAUCAAUGGGUCACGUUUCUCAUCUGGGUCAGGGGCUAUGGGGUUGGAAUUCAACAUGUGAAGACAUAUGAAUUCCCAAUGCCUGCAUUGAAAGCAUGUGUGAAGGAAUUGUCAGGGUGCACAGGUCACAACACGAUCAACGCAUCUGACAGUUAUGGCCCCCACUGGCCACACACCCAGCACAUGUGCAAAGUGACCUUGUGUACAAGUUGAGGAACAUGAACGGCACAGCUCUACAUGGGGGUGGGAGGAUCCUGGUUAAACAUGAGGUGGGCCUUACAGCCUCUCUGCCUUGAAUUUUAACCCCUCCCUCCUUGCUUUGGUUCAUAACAGGGGUAGGCAACCUAAGGCCUGGGGACCAGAUUUGGCCCAAUCGCCUUCUCAAUCCGGCCCACAGACUGUCCGGGAAUCAGCGUGUUUUUACAUGAGUAGAAUGUUCCCUUUUAUUUAAAAUGCAUCUCUGGGUUAUUUGUGGGGCAUAGGAAUUCGUUCAUUAUUUGUUUCAAAAUAUAGUCCGGCCCACCACAUGGUCUGAGGGACAGUGGACCGGCCCACGGCUGAAAAAGGUUUCUGACUCCUGGUUUAUAAUCGAGUUUGGAGCAAAGAAAGCUUUUUGUUGAACUGUGAGGGCAGAUGAUGAUGAUGAUGAUGAUAAUAAUAAUAAUAAUAAUAAUAAUAAUAAUAAUAAUUUAUUGCUUAUAUCCCGCCCAUCUGGCUGGGUUUCCCCAGCCACUCUGGACAGCUUCAAACAAGAGAUUAAAAAUACAUUAAAACAUCAGUCAUUAAAAACUUCCUUAAACAGGGCUGCCUUCAGAUGUCUUCUAAACACCAGAUAGUUAUUUAUUUCCUUGACAUCUGAUGGGAGAAUAUUCCACAGGGCGGGGCACCACUACCAAGAAGGCCCUCUGCCUGAUUCCCUGCAACCUCACUUCUUGCAGUGAGUGAACCGUCAGAAGGCCCUUGGAGAUGGACCUCAGUGUCCGUGAAUGAUGGGGGUGAAGAUACUCCUUCAGGUAUACUGGGCCGAGGAUGAAUUGGCUUCCCAACCUUGCUAAUACGUGUUUGCCUCAUCACCAGAUGAGAUCCCUCUGUUAUCCCAUGAAUUUCUCAGAAGAUUCACGGGAGAGGAGGGUUUGUAUCUAUGGUGUCCAGAUUCUAGCACCUCACCGUACUGAGAAAUCAGGACAUUUUUUUAAAAAAAUCAUACAUGCUUCCAAUCUGGCUUUUGAUUUAUUAAUUUUGCACACAGCGGGCUGAAAAAAUGGCUUCACGAGGAACCAAGCUUUUUGCACAUGCUUCCGCUGCGCAUUUCUUCUCACGAACCAUGCCUGCUGUCUUGGGACUUUUUCUCUUCUCUGUGCUUCUAACUCCAGGUGAGCAGUAGUAAUCUUCUAGGGCUGGUGUGUGUUGCCGUGGGAUACCUGGGAGUAAACCAGAUCUAAGCUGUUGAUUUUGGAAGCGCUGACUGAGGCAGGGGCACCAACUAUAGGAGGUGGAACGGGCUUCAGCCCCCUCAAUAUUUGUGAGUAGGGGGCUGAGUCCCCCCAGUACUGAGGGGCCUCCCUUUUUUUGAUACCAACACUCACAUGCCGGGUGGGGGCAGAACACAUGGAGGUUGAAGAUUGCCCUCUGCCCACUCCAUCCCCUGUCUCCGUCAUGCGUGCACCAGGAUGUGUGGAGUGGCACAUGAUGUGCGUAUGAUGUCACACAUUGCUGGGCCUCUUCUAGUUGGAGGGCAAUUUGGCGCCCCUGGACUGAGCUGGAAACCAAUAUACUGACUUCAAGAUGGUGAGUGUGGCAUUGCAUAGGGCAGGAACCAUGUUGCGCUUGACCCACGUUUGUGAGCUCCUGCCCCCUUUUUGCAGACCGGUGUCUGCACCUGGACACCGCUUAUGAAACCUUUCAUUUUCUCUUCUACAGGUGACUCACUGGAGUGUGAAACGUGCACAGCGGCAGGCGCCAGCUGCAAGGGCAGCAUGACAAAGUGCGGCGCUGAUGACGACACCUGUUUUGUCGCUUUUAGUGAAAGCACAAUAGGUGAGUGAGAAGGAUCCCCACCAAAUGCAGUCCAGGCAUAGAGGAUUGCAAAAGGCAUAUCAAUAUAUAUAUAUUGAUGUCUUAACUGUGUUUUAAUUGGUUGGAAGCUGCCUUAAGUGGCAGUCAGAUGGGCGGCAUAUAUAGAAUAAAUUAUUAUUAUUGGCGAUGCUAACAGGCUGAUAUGGAUCAUAAACUCAUUGAAGACCCUCCAGGUGUCCCUAUUUUCCAGAGACAGUCCCAGUUUCUGAUUUGAUCCCUGAAUGUCCUGCUUUUUCUUAGGACGUCCCUAUUUUCAUUGGAUAAAUGUUGGAGGGUAUAUUUUUAUGUUUUAUUUUAUGCUUUAUUAUGUUUUUAUGGAUGUUGGAAUCCCUCCAGAGUGGCUGGGGCAACCCAUUCAGAUGGGCAGGAUAUAAAUAAUAAAGUUGUUGUUGUUAUGGAAUAGGACGUCCCUGUUUUCAUCAGAGAAAUGUUGGAGGGUAUGUCAUAGUCAAAAACAUCUGGGGCACACAGCCUCUAGCUUCCCAAGCAAAAAAUCUCUCUUUCCCAAUCUCCUGAAGUCUGAGAUACCGUAACUCUGUGGUGAAGGACCAGUGUCCCUUCCUCUAGAUAUUCCUGUCAUUUCUGAGCCUUCACUGGGCUCUCUGGGGCUGAGGGGAGCUGUAGCCCAGCAAAACCAGGAGGGCCUCAUGAUGUGGAAGGCUGCCCUAAAUCCAUAUGCUAUUCUUUCAUUCUCUGCAGCUGGAAAAUCAUAUCAGAGGAUCCUGAAAGGCUGUGCACCAGCUCUAGUCUGCAGUUUGGGACCAUUUUAUGUAAAUCUGGGCAAGAUGUUUACCUCCAGAGGAAUGACUAUCUGCUGCGAGGGUGCUGAGUGCCCAUCUGAUUCAGCUCAGUGUGGGUAUAGUUUUUUUCUUCCAUUCCCCCACCUCAUUCUAUGCCCCAGAGGUCAGGCUGUGCAAUUGAUUUCAUCAGGGCGCUCCUGAAUCACAGAUUUAUCAUUUGCCACUGUGCAGCACAGUGGAGGGCAACAUCAUAUCUGGGAGCCAAUUGUGCCCCCUCCGGGCCUCUCUAUCUGGUCCGUGCGUUCUCUCUAGACCAAGGUUUUCUGACUUUGGUCCUCAGGUGUUGUUGAACUACAGUUCCCAUCAUCCCUCAUCAGAGCAACCAAAGGUCAGGGAAGAUGGGAGUUCUGGUCCCACAACAUCUGGGAACCUAAGGUUGAAGUACACUAGCCUAGAUCACACUCCCUCCUUGGCCAUGCCCCAUCUCUCCAGGCCACACCCAACAGCAGUCCUACUCCACAAUCCCCUUGAAUGUUUUUGGUUGGCAAGAUCUGUGGUCCUUAAAUUGUGAUAAUGUCUCUUGGCUUGCCUGGAUGGAGGAUAGAGAGGAAUGCGUGAGUAUACACUGCCUCUUUGCUUUAUUUCAGUGCCUCCAAUGAUGAAAAAGGUCAAUGGGAAAACAUGCCCAGCCUGCUAUUCGCUGACUCCUACGUGCCCUACAAAGGUGACAAAAUGUACAGGAAUAGAGGACCACUGUCUGGAUGCUAGCAUCAAAACUGGUAAUUCUGAUUUGUUAUGCUCUUCUGGCAAAUUCUGUUGCAUUAUGGUCUUGCUGGCCCUCCGUCAUAAGGGUCUAAUUCCACCCUGUUCUAUCUAGUUGUUUGUGUUUUUUAAUGCAUUUUGGGUUAAUUUUUUAUUUGAAAUGUGCACUUUUUAGGUAACGUAUGCUGGGUUUUAGCUGAUGUCAAUCAUAGCGUUGACCAGUUGAAAUUAAUGGGCAGGGCUAACUUGGGUCUGUUAAUUUCAGUGGGUGUGCUCUGAGCCAAUUUUAGUUGGAGACACCCAUGCUUUCCAAUGAAUUCAUCUGUCAGAAGCAUAUUUUGUAAGCACCUUUUCUGCAUAUUUUUUUACCCCAUUUAAAACACUUUACCAAACCAGAAAAGUGCACCAUCAGUCUGGAGAUGCGUUUGAAUUGAAAAGCAAGUUCAGGAACUUCAGAUAUAACAAAAGACAUAGUAAGAGGCAGCAUAAUAAUAAGACAGUCAUACCUUGAAUCCCAAACUCCUUGGCUCCCGAACAAAUCGGCUCCCAGACGAUUGAAAAGCGGAAGUGAGUGUUCCUGUUUUCAAAUGAUUUUCAGAAGCCGAAUGUCCGGCGCAGCUUCCAAUUGGCUCCUGCAGCCAAUCAGAAGCUGCGCUUUGGUUUCCGAACGUUUUGGAAGUCGAACAGACUCCAUUUGACUUCCAAGGUAUGACUGUAACAACAACAACAGGCCCCCAAGCUUUAGCAGGCCAUAGAUUAUUUAAUGACCAAAGGCCUAGAAAAGAAUAAUGUUUUUGCCUGCCACCCUAAUACAUGUAGUGAUGGUGGCAGGUGAGCCUAACUGGGGAGAGCAUUCCACAGUCAAGGAACCACCACAGAAAAGACCUGUUUUCUUGUUGCCACCCUCCAAACGUGUUUUUUUCUUUUCUUUUAAAGAUGAUGCUGAUUAUAUAAUAUAAUAAUAAUAAUAUUAUCCCACAAUAUCUGGAGCAAUACUUCAUCAGGAGCUUUGGAGACCAGACAGGCCCAUUAAUAGAGCUUGUCUCUUAGAGCUUCUGAUAGACCUUCAAAUAGAGGACUGUCCUUUGCCAGGUCAAAUACAUUUUCACCCUAAAUCUAUGCCAGAAAAAUGGCCUACACUUGAGGUCGACAUGAGUGGCGCCUGGAAGAAGAACAUUCUUUGUCCUAUACUGUUUCAAUCCAUAGGAACAUCCCCAUCAAUGGGUUAUAUCCAAGACUACUCUUAAUCAUAGUAUAUUCAUUGAAAUCAACAGACAUGGCUCCACAUGCACCUCAUAUAUCACAAUGUGGGACAUUUUUGAAAGUAUUAUUUAUUUAUUUAUUUAUUUAUUUAUUUUGCUUUUAUCUUUAUUUUGUUUUUUAUUUAUUUUGUUAGCCCGUUUGACCAUGGUGGGAGACAAAUCAAACUUGCAUUGGGGAAUACUGGGAAUAGUGACCUCCCAUCUUUCCUUUUCAUCUGCAGGAGGGUUUGGAAUCACCAUGAAAGGUUGCACUACCAAGACUUACUGCGAUAUUAUACAACUAAAUGCUUUGCCACGAAAUUUUAAGAGUACCUUGAGGGCAGUUACUUCUGCAAUUCUAGAUGGUAAAUGUGAGCCAGCCAGUAAGGCACCCCCAUCACUGAGAUUUCCUCUUCUGGCCUUGUCAUGGUUUCUGCUGGUGAAGAUCCUCUUGUAAUGAACUCCUUCCUGUGACUCGGCACUGAGGACAACUUUCCUUUCCAUGUCCGUCUCUACUUUCAGUUUGGUUUUUCUCCAGAGGGAUUUGUAUUCCUACGUAGAUAUCUUACUGACUUACAAAGAGCCGGUUUGUUCUUUUGCAGAAAUGACAAUGAAAUGCUUUUGUGAAGAUCUGUUGGCCAAGAAUCUUGAGCAGAAACGGGGGACCUUUUUCAACCUGUGGAAUGCAUUUCAUGGCUGCCAAGAUUUCUCAGAUGAUAAUAGGGACAUCAGGAUCAUCCUCCCCUCCAUGCCCCAUAUAUACACACUGCUGGUGGAAUACGGGAAAAGGGCAGGGCUGUCUGAGCUGCCUCAGCAUUACAGGUUACCGCCCACACACUUCUGCUGCGCUUUUCUGCUUGUGUGGUGGCACCUCGGUAAAACCACUUCUUACUGUUUGUAGCAGAGUUUUCCUCGGAGGCAGAAGACAAGAACAGGAGUAAUACUCAAAUUCAGAGUCAAGAGCUUCUUUAUUGCUUGACUGGUUGCACGAGCAUUUUUGUUACCUUUAUAUACAAGCUAUUUACAUUCCUUCUUUACCUCUCCAGCAUGGUAUAAUCUCAGUCCUGUAAUUAACAAUCCUGACACAGCAAAACUCACAGUAUCAGCAGCACACGUUGUCUUACUUCCAACCUUGUUGUCACAGUGUAUGCGUACAGUCUAUUUGUGUGCUUUACUUGUGCAGAAAUUGCAACUUCCUCCCUUUCUUUGCACCUCCAGCUGACACCAAUCAAGCCUAGAGUGCCACUCCUAGACACUAAAGAAAAAUUCUGGAACCCUCUUCAAAGCUUCCAGGAGCUUUUAUCUGUUUCUUAAAGAAUGUUUUCCUAACACUCAGUGGGACAGAUUUUUAAGCAAACACGCAUGGUUCAAACUGUGCAUGGUUCAAACUGUAAGCUCAUCCAAGUUCAAAUACAAGUGUGCUCAGGUCUGAAAUCUUACACAUAUGCUGUCCCAGUCCAGUUGGUGAGAGCACACACAGGAAUCUGCAACCCUAUUAAACUGUUAAAAGUGGGAAUUUAAAUCCCAUGGACUUCCAAUGAAUAACACUCAAAAUGCUUAUUCUGACCUGCUGAAUUUCUGCCUACCUGUUAAAGGGACACUACGCCAGUCCG